GGUCAAUGAAGGCUGAAGUUAGUUUGUAAGUCAGUUGGUCAGUCAGUCAGUCGUACAUCGGCGUUCGAAAAUAAGCAAAUUCGUGAUACUUUAAGACAGAGUAUUUAAGAUAAAAAAUCUGAAAAAUGGCUACGGAAGCAAAAAAAAGAAUAUGCAUUGUAGGAAGUGGCAAUUGGGGCUCAGCUAUUGCAAAAAUUGUGGGUGCCAAUGUAGUAAAAUAUAACAACAAAUUUGAAACACGCGUGACAAUGUAUGUUUAUGAAGAAAUAGUCAACAGUCAAAAGUUGACUGAUAUUAUAAAUCAGUUGCAUGAAAAUGUGAAAUAUCUUCCUGGGCACAAACUCCCAGAAAAUAUUGUCGCCGUUCCAGAUGUUGUCGAAGCUGCAAAAGAUGCAGAUAUUCUUAUUUUUGUAUUACCUCAUCAGUUCAUACGUACAUUGUGUGCAACAUUGCUUGAUAAAAUUAAACCAACUGCAGUUGGUUUAUCGUUAAUUAAGGGUUUUGAUCGUGGAGAUGGAUCAAAUAUCGAACUGAUUUCUAAAAUCAUUGAAAAACAUUUAAGAAUUCAAUGCUAUGUUUUAAUGGGUGCUAAUUUAGCCAAUGAAGUUGCUGAGGAAAAGUUCUGUGAAACAACUAUCGGUUGCAAAGAUAAACGACUGGCUCCAUUGCUAAGGGACCUUAUUCAAACACCAAACUUUAGAGUUGUAGUUGUUGAAGACUGUGAAGCCGUUGAAGUAUGCGGUGCCUUAAAGAAUAUUGUGGCAUGUGCUGCUGGUUUCGUAGAUGGUAUGGGACUUGGGGAUAACACAAAAGCAGCUGUUAUCAGAUUGGGAUUAAUGGAAAUGGUUAGGUUUGUGGAUACAUUUUACCCUGGUUCAAAACUUUCUACAUUUUUCGAAAGUUGUGGUGUAGCAGAUUUGAUAACUACUUGUUAUGGUGGAAGGAAUCGUAGAGUUUGUGAACAAUAUGUUAGAAGUGGCAAAACCAUUAGACAGCUUGAAGAAGAACUUCUAAGUGGACAAAAAUUGCAAGGACCAGCCACAGCCGAUGAAGUUCACGGAAUGUUGAAAAGUCGUAAUUUAACAGAAAAAUUCCCCUUAUUUACUGCCGUACAUCGCAUAUGUACUGAUCAAAUAAGACCAGCAGAUUUACUUGAUCAAAUUCGUAACCAUCCUGAACAUGUAAUGAAGAUUGAAGGCGCUGCAUAACUGGAGACUAAAAAUGACUUAAUGUAAACAUCAUUUUCUUGUUAAUAUCAGUUUUAAAAAUUAAUUAGAAUUGAUUAAGAAGAAAAGACGAGUUACUAGGAAAAAUGUUAUGUUGCAGAUAUCUUACAAUAAUUAGUUUUUACAUUAUUUACGAUUGGCUU